UCGGAAAGGCGUGUCUGAACUUUGAACUGUGGUUCAAUGAAAGAAGCUAAGCUAAGCUAACCCUCCAUUGUGGUCGAUAGACUCAUAAGCAGCUGAGCAGCGGGACGACUGAACAUGACAGACUUACAAGCUAACUUUGAUGCUGCUGCAGCUGAAGUAAAGCAGCUGAAGGCCAAACCAUCUGAUGAUGAGAUGUUGCUGCUCUAUUCCUUGUUUAAGCAAGCCACCGUGGGAGACGUUAACACAGCUCGUCCUGGAAUGCUUGAUUUUACUGGAAAAGCUAAGUGGGAUGCCUGGGAGAAGCAGAAAGGCAAAAGCAAAGAGGAUUCCAUGAAUGAGUACAUCAAGCUGGUAGAAGAGCUAAAGCAGAAGCAUGGAAUCUAAUCACUGCCAACGAGUCAGGACACAGAUUGGGGCUUUGUCCAAUAAUUUCUUCCAAUGAACCCUUUCAAUAAAGCCGAGGAUCCUCUACUUACAAUGGUUAUCAUCAGUGAUAUAAAGAUCUCCUAAUGUGCUAGUUAGAAAUUGCCUUCAACUUGCUUUUUAGUGCAAUUAUAAUGUCCAUUGUCAUUUCAAAAUAAAAUAGCUGCUUUUAAAACGUGUACACCAAAAUUCCUAAUGUUUCUACUGUCCAGGCCAGCUAACAGCAUUACCUGGGGCUGAAAAAGAUUAUUUUAUGUUACCACAUAAAAUAAUGGACAAAUAAAUCUGCAUAUCUCACAGACAUGGUUGGCCAUAAAGCUGAGGAUCCUCUCCUCAUAAUGGUUACCAAUGGCAUGAAGUUCUAAUGUUGCAGUUCUAGUUAGAAACUGUCUUCAAUUUGCUUGUUUGUAUCAUAGUGUCCAUUGUAAUUUCAAAAUAAAAUUACUAGUUAAAAAAAAGUG